UCUCUCUCUCUCUAACCCUUUCUCCCCAUAAAUACACACCAUCUGUUGAUCCUAAAAACUCAUUCACAACACAACCCUUUCACUACUACCCUUAAAUAAAUAAAACCAAUAUUCCCAAACUAACCAAAAUCUCAAACCAUGGCCAUCCGAUCAAAAUCCAGCAGCAGAUCAGUGCUCCCACAAACGGCGGUGCUAAAACAAAUCCUGAAGAGAUGUUCUAGUUUGGGUAAGAAACAACACAACGAAGACUACGACGAACAAGGCCUCCCUCUAGAUGUACCAAAGGGACAUUUUGUGGUGUACGUUGGGGAGAAUAGAAGUAGAUACAUUCUACCCAUCUCAUUCCUCAAUCGUCCUGAGUUUCAAACCUUACUCCAUAAAGCAGAGGAGGAGUUUGGCUUCGAUCACGAUAUGGGUCUCACCAUUCCUUGCCAAGAAGACGUUUUUCUCUCUCUAACUUCUACUCUCAGAUGAAUGAAUGAAUCAAUGAGUCAUCCUUUUAACCCCUCUCCCAUCUCCUAGUACUAGAUUUUCCUUAUUUUUCUUUUUUGAAAAAGAAAUGGGGAAUAAAAUAGGUGAAUUUCUUUA